AUGGAGGAUUGCAUUGGAGCUAUUGAUGGUGCUCAUGUCACUGCAAAGGUACCGAGAUCAACGUCUGCAGCAUUCUGCGGGAGGAAGCACUACACCAGCCAGAACGUGCUAGCAGCUGUGGAUUUCGACAUGAGGUUCACCUACGUGCCUGAUGGGUUGCAAAUCCCUGAGGGUAAGUUCUACCUUAGAGAUGCUGGAUAUGCAUGCCGACCUAGUAUUCUACCUCCCUUCAGGAAAACAAGGUACCACCUCAACGAGUUCUCUGCGAAGCACCGACCUCAGAAUGCGAAAAAGUUGUUCAAUCUGAGACACUUAAGCCUUAGAUUCACCAUUGAGAGGGUCUUUGCUGCAUUGAAGAACAAAUUCAACGUCCUUGACCAGAAACCGUUCCACACUUUUGACACUCAAGUAAAGCUGGUCCUUGCUUGCUGCAUUCUUCACAACUGGAUCCUAGAUUGGAGCGAGGAUGAGUUCUUCGAAGAGGUUGUCACUUUUAAUGAAGUAGAGACCGGCCAUGGCGUGGACGCAUGCGACAAUAAUACCUGCAAGGAGAAGAGGCAAGAGUGA